AUGUCGCAACAAAAGGCCGUCCCAAUUUCGGGAGCGUGCAAUGUUGUCAGGACCCCCCCAGAGAAGAGCUCGCGGCCAGCCGACGCCGCGGCCAAGGCACACCACCCGAAACCUGGCAAGGCAGCGUUCCGCAACCCGUGGCCAAGCUGGCAGGAAAUCCCACCAGAUGCACUCAAGGCGCACGUGAUGCAGUCAGUACCUGUUCACGAUGGAAUCGACAAGUUCCCCAUCAGAAAGCCCGACCUCGCGAGAGACCGGCUCGUCCCACACGACGCGGGCUGCCUGCACGCGACAUGGCUCGGCCACGCAUGCUACUUUGUCGAGUACCCCUCGGGCCUUCGUGUCCUGUUUGACCCCGUCUUGACGGACCGGUGUUCUCCUUCCGCGUGGAUUGGGCCGCGGCGGUUUACCGCGUCGCCCUGCCAGAUCAGCGAUCUCCCGUUUGUGGACAUUGUUGUCAUCUCGCAUAACCACUACGACCAUCUGAGCUAUCCGACCGUCAGGGAGAUCCGGGUUCACCACCCCAACGCGCACUUCUUCGUGCCCCUCGGCAACGCGGCUUGGUUCGCGUCUUCAGGCCUCCACAACGUCACGGAGAUGGACUGGUGGGAGCAAGCCAGCGUGUCCGUCCCGACGGGCCACGAUGGAGACAGAGGGCGCCCCCUCUCAGCGACCGUGUCUUGCCUGCCCGCGCAGCAUACCACAGGCCGGGGGCCUUUUGGUACGGACAAGACAUUGUGGGCCUCGUGGGGUGUCGCGUCCGAUGAGGCAUCCGUCUUCUUCGGCGGGGACACGGGCUAUCGGUUCGUGCCCUGGCUCAAGGACGACCAGGACCACGACUGGGAUGACGAGUACGCCAUGCUCCCCCGCUGUCCGGCCUUCGCGCAGAUCGGAGACCUCAGGGGCCCAUUCACCUUGGGCCUCCUCCCCAUCGGGGCUUACGAGCCCCGUGCGCUCAUGUCCUCCAUCCACGCCAACCCCCGUGAUGCCGUCGAGAUUCAGAGGGACACGCGCUGUGGGCGCGCCCUGGCCAUGCAUUGGGGCACUUGGGUGCUCGGGGAUGAGCCCGUGCAGGAGCCGCCCCGGAAGCUAGCUGAGGCGCUCGUCGCUCUCGGCUUGCCGGAAAGGGGCCUGUUUGACGUCUGCGACAUUGGCGAGAGGGUCUCCAUCCCGCUGGCCGGUUAG